CGUAACGUCUCUCUUGUCGACUCUUGUUUCGUCGCUUGUGAAAAUUUUCUGGAAUCGAAAUCCUUGUUUUUUCGAGCCGUUGACUGGCCGAACUAACAUUGUAUUACCUGGUAUGAACAUUGAACGCGUUCAGUAGAAGUUUCUGAGCAGUUAGCUGAGGUAGCGUCUCAGAGAGCGUGUCUAAAGGUGUGUAAGUUAGAGAGAGGGAAAAUUAAUGUUAUUGAGGUCGCAGGAUGCCUCGCCGGAAGCGCACGCCGGAUGAAAGCGGAAGAAGAGCUAAAGUCAGCAGAGUGGAGCACAAUGAGGAGACCCUGGUCAUAUCUGAUUCUGAACAAGAGGAGGACGAUAGACCCCUUAAACUGUCCUCUCGGACAUCCCGCAGGAGACGAAGAGAGAACGAGUCCCAACUACAAGAGAUGACGGAAGAAGAGAUGUUGCUCUUGGCCAUGAGACUGAGCGCUCAGGAAGCGAACAGUGCUGCAGAGAGACGACAGCUGGAAGACAGCGACAUACAGAAAGCCAUAGAAGAAAGUCUUCAUGAGAGCGCUGCAAAAGACUCACAGGGUCAGGAUGAAGCAGCCAGCUCUUCGGGUCAACCACAGCAGAAUGUAGCAAACACAGUAUUGCACUUGAGACGAAAGCUGUCUUACCCCAGACAAGAUCAGAGACGCAGCGAGAAUGAGAGGGAAAAGACUAGUCCGCUGCUAGAAAUGCCUGAUCUGUCACAGAUGACCUCCUCGCAUCUGUCAUCGAGGAGUUUAACUCAGGUCUCCAAGACUUCUGCUACCUCUCAGGACAAGACCUCAGAUAAAAUGACAGUCAUCAGCGACACUCCGGAGGAUGAGCUCUUCAAAUCUCGCUCAGAGUCCCAGUUGUCCCCUGUCUUCCCCAGGCAUCGCAGCUUGAUUCGCCAGCCUGUAGUAUGUGUGGAGAAACUGAGUCAGGAACUCAUCCCGGGGAGCGCAGGCUCAAUAAACUUUCACACAGAGGACAGCACUGCCACUUCCACCUGCGCUGACAGGUUUCUGUCCCCACAGAAGGAUUCAUCUAUUUCCAAAUGGCCUGUCUUCACUCAGGAUCGCUUCAAACCAACAAGCGAUCUGCCAGAGGACAAAGAUGGCCAUCAAAAUGCUAACGGGGAGGAAGACGAUACUCAAAUACCUGAUGAAGAUACUCCUUUACAACCACAGCUAAGCCAAGGUUUGAGCACAGAUCCAGAUACGUGCCUUUCACCAUCUAGAAGAUCCCAGAUAUCAAGCCCCAAAUGUGUGCCUGAAAACAGCAAUGAAGACGUCACUGAAACAAGUAACAAUCCUGACCCAAAGCAAGUGGAGGAUCAAACCACUCAGGGUGAGAAUGUCAAAUCUGACACUGAAAAAGCUCCAAACCAGUCUUGGAAUGAAAUUACCAGUCACAUGGUCUUGCAUUUAGCAGAUGAUGAUGAUGAUGAUGAAGAAGAUGAUGGCAGUGAAGAGGUUGUCUUCCCAAGCCCAGUCAAGAAGAUUUCAAUCAGGCCAAUCAGGACUGAGCUUUCCCCAAACCAGUCCUGUAUCUCUUCAGCUACCAUCACCCUCGAUCCUUCCACACAAGACACACAAAUGUCUCACUCUGUCCUGGAGGAGGACUCAAGAGUGUCCAAAGGUGCUGAGUCCCAACCCUCUGACCGUAAACCUACACUUACUUCAGUGGGAAAAGGACCAUGCACAAUCUCAUACUACUGGGGAGUGCCUUUCUGUCCCAUGGGGCAAAGCCCGGACGAGUACACGCGUGUGAUCAUGUGUCAGAUGGAGGUAUACGAGAAGAGCCUGAAGGAGGCCCAGCGAAAGCUGCUGCGCAAAGCAGAUUGGGGGCAGCCAGUGUUGCCUGGCUCCUCAGAGAGGCCGUUCGGUGGGAGGAGAUGGAAGCGCAACAGAGCUCCUCAGCUGUCAGAGGAUGAGGAGGAGAAUGAAGAAGAGGGAGGGAAGGAAAAGAACAGAAAAGCGGUAGAAGAAGAGAGGGAGGAAGAAAGGCAGGGGUCUGUGGUGGGGUCGCAGGAGGAGGCUGAGGGAGGACAGAGUGAAACAUACGUAGUUGUGUCUUCUCCAGAGACAAAAGAUGAGCAGGUGGCAAAAACCCCUUUCUUCAGCCAAGAGGAGCCUGUAACUGCAGCUGCAAAUAAAUCGUUCAGGAAAAAAACUCCGUGGGAUAUUUCAGAUGCAACUCAAAUAAAGGGUCCAGCUGAGAAGGAGGAACAGGAAGCCCAGACUCACGAGGGUUGUGAAGAGGAUGAGAUAGUUUGUCCAGAGACUCAGAUGACUGAAAACAGCUCACCAGAGCUAAUGAUCACCAGUCCUGCCAGUCCCGCACGGCCCCAGUCUCAAGUUGCCAGCGUCAGCGAGGUGAUGGAGGUGGAGGAGGGAGGAGGUGCGUCUGUAGCAGCGGAGGAGAUGAUGGAGCAGGAGAACGAUCCAGCAGAAGCUGCUCCUCCUCCUCACAGUCAGAGGAUGGAGUGUCCCAUGUGCUCGAAACUCUUCCCCUUCAGCAGGAUCGAGAUCCACGCAGCUUACUGUGACGGCGAAGCAGACCAGCAGGAAGAACAAUCACAAGUUGUUGGCCGACGGAAGAGGACCAGAGGAAAUUUAACAGAGGCGUCUCAGCGAUCUGGCAAAUCAGCAGAGAUGGAGAAGUGCUUCCUGUGUCAGGAGUUGUUUUCUCCCCAGGAGUAUCCCGAACAUGUCGAUUUGUGCGUUAAAAAGAAAAACCAGAGAACCGAUCAGGAAAACGGCCUACUUGCUGCUCUGGAACGGACAGAACGGAGACCUACUGGCAGUGAUGAACCUGGACCAUCUGAUGUUUCUACAAAGAGCAGCUGUGGUCUUGCGGUGACGGAGACGUCUGAAAGCAUAGACUCCUCGUCGAUGACUUCCUGUCCCAAUAACACCUUCAGUCCUCGAUCAGAAAACUCCGACUGCCUUAUUGACUCCUCUAAGAACAGCCUAAGACUCUCAAGAAAAAGAAAAUUCAAAAGAUAGUGUCGACAUGCUUUUAGGAACACUGGUGUCCGUGCUUUUCAUUGCCUCUCCAUUUCUAUGGCUUUUUAUAAAAUAAAAAAAAUACAAAUUUAUA